AAAAAUUUUUUUGUUCUUCCGGACAAUUAUUCAAUUCUAAUCAUCAUCAUCAUCAUAGGCCGAUUAUUAUUUUCAUUUUUUUACACUUCAAUUAUUCUGGUUGCUGUGCUGCUCUUCAAAAAAAAAGCUUCAAGGAAAAUAAACAAUAAUAAAAUCCGAUUAUUUCAUCGUUGUUUGUUUGUAUUCGAUUCUAUAUCUACCCGAAUCGUCUUCACAUUGUUGUUUGUCACCUUUAUUUCAUUUUCAUUUCCACUCACUCAAUUCGAUAUCAAAUCAAAUCAAAUCAAAUAAAAAUCAAAUCAUAAUAAUGACUAUGAUAAGAUCACCAUCAUCAAUGGUGAUAACGACGAUAAAAAGAAUAAUGUAUAGGAUAAUGAUGGCCACCAACCCCACUACCACCACCUCCACUACAUUGUAUUGUAAUAAAAAAUGCCUAAAAAUAAAUAAUCAAAUAAAUAUGAUGAUAGCCUCGAUCUAUUUGAUUAUUUUAAUAUUUGUGAUGAAUUUAUUCUUUGUUCAAGGUUUAUCGGAUGUACGAGUGGUUGCAUUAAAUGUACCAAGUCAAGUAAGAAAAGGAACGGAAGUUGAAUUAUCAUGCCUUUAUGAUUUGGGUAAUGCAUCACUUUAUUCGCUCAAAUGGUUUUAUCGAACAAAUGAUACUGAUUUGGAUGAACAAGAAUUUUUUCGUUAUACACCAACAAUUAAACCAUAUAAACAAUUUUUUCCAUUAGAUGGUAUUAAUGUUAAUAUAAAUAAAUCUGAAGGUGGUCAUGUAGUAAUCAGUGAAACGAACAAAAAAACAACUGGUAAUUAUAAAUGUGAAAUUAGUGUUGAAGGUACAUUUCAAACGGUUGCUGCUGAAAAAUCAAUGAUUGUUAUGGGCAAUAAUGCCAUUAAUAAUCAUCAUCAUUGUAAUUCAUCGAUUACAUUAUUAUGGUUUUUAAUAAUAUUAAUUACAACAUGGCAUAAUUAUCAUUAUUGGAUUGAUGAAAAUUUUAUUGUUUAUACGUGGCAUCUGUAG